UCCCUCUCCCUCCCUCUCUCUGUGUGUGUCAGUGUGCGCGGAGAGGGAUUUACCAUUACGCACGUUAUGCGCAGCGCAGGUUGGGUCAUGCGUCCAGUCGGGGGAUGUGCGGCGGGGAGCAGUGAUCGUCAACGCGGACGUUCAGCGUCAUCAGCAGUCCAGUAGCCGGAGACCUGGGCACCGUAUCUGCACUUCGCAGAAGUCGUGUCCACUUUGACGACUGCAGCCUCGUCGGUGCAGUGAAAGUCAAAGAUGCGCACCGCUGAACAAAGGGUUUAGGGGGAAACGAUACAGAAUCUCUCCCACGUUUUAGUCCUCGUGACAGCCCGGUGCCUCCGGUCUCUCCCGUUUGGAUUUGGGAAUUUCUGCCUUUUGGGGGACAACGGACACGGGCUGAGUAGCCGGGCUCCUCCUGUUCGAAACGCGCAGCAGGAGGAAUCAUCUGGUCCAUGUGGAUGGAGAGGGGAAAGGCGAGCACGGCUUGUUCCGAAAUGUGACAUUUUUUGGGGUAAUUCGUCGGUCUCCAAAUAAACCUGACAACUGUGCAUCUGCCUCCAUCCUCCAUCGGAUUUGUUUACAUCGAUAAAGAAAUGGCGUUCCUCCCGGUCCUCCUCCUGCUGCUGCUGACUGUUGCUCAUCGUGCCAGCAGUCAGGACUCUGAAAACUCGGAGGCUCUCCCUAGAGGUUGUGGCUGGGGCCUUGUGCGUCCCUACACCCUCCUCUGCGAUCUCGACUCCAUAUGGGGUGUGGCUGUCGAGGCUGUGGCCGCAGGUGGGGCACUGGCUGCCGUCUUUCUAGCCCUAGUCCUGCUGUGCCGUCUACGCCACAUCAGCGAGGCUGAGAAGCGCAGCGGCGUGGGACCCAUCCUCCUGCUGCUCCUCGGCAUCCUCGGCUUGUUCAGCCUGAGCUUUGCCUACCUGAUCGAGCAGGAUGAGUCGCUGUGUCUGCUCCGCAGGGCCCUGUGGGGUCUCCUGUUUUCCGUCUGCUUCUCCUGCUUGCUGGUGCAGGGCGUCCGUCUGCGCAGGCUGGGCCGGGAGCGCCGGAGCCCUGGUGGCUGCGCCCUCACAGGCCUGGCGCUUGGUUUGAGUGCUGUGCAGGGCAUCAUUGCUGCAGAGUGGCUCCUUCUGACCGUGCUGCGGGAGGGACGAGCUGCCUGUCAGUACCUACCUCUGGACUUCUCACUGGCCUGCAGCUACGUGCUAGCACUCCUACUAGCUGCCCUGACUGCCGCCUCCCUGGCCCUGUGUGGGAAGACACGUCAAUGGCGCUGCAAUGCCAUCUGGCUGCUGGUGACAUGCCUGCUGUCCCUGCUGCUGUGGGUGGCCUGGGUGGGCUUCUAUCUGUACGGCAAUGCCUGGCUGGGGAGGUCCCCGGACUGGAAUGACCCGGCACUGGCCAUCGCUUUAGUGGCUCAGGGCUGGCUGCUGCUAAUCUUCCACGCCAUUCCUGAAUCCCACAUCUGCCUGAGACCCCCGCCACAGCCCACUGCCCCGGAUUACUUUGACACCUCCCAGAAUUCAACACGGAUGAGGGAGACCAGCUUUGAUGAAGACAUCCCUCUCUCCCACAGGCAGUUUGUGGAGAACCAGGGCUAUGGCUACAACGAUGAGAACACUGCAGGCUUGAGGAGCGGAGGUGUCGCCGGGCAACACAACAGUAACACUGGACCCAGGCCCAGCGCCCCUUUCCGCAGCAACGUGUACCAGCCCACCGAGAUGACCAUGAUCCUGAACGGGGGAGCGGUGAGUACAUCCUCCCAGUCACAGGUGCCCUCUGCCCCUCCCACCUACACGGGGAGGCAGCUGUGGUGAGUGACAGGGACUGGAAAGAGGAUAUGUGGUAGAAAACAAAGAGAAGAAGAAGAAGUGGAUGGAGAGGGUGAGGGGGGAGGGGUCCAGGACAAGGGGACUGCCUGGUUGGAUCGGACAAGGACGGCAAUCUGUGUACAGACUUUAACACUGACUGUGUGCCAAUCAACUAUUAUGAUGUAUGAGUGUGUGUAUGUGUGUGUGUGUGUGUGUGUGAGACUGAGCGCAAGUAGGGUAUGGAGGACAGAGCUAAAGCUCUUCUAGCACACAAAUCUCUCCAGAAGGGUUUAAAACUCAAAGUGUGUCCACAAAGUAGCAAAACAAACACACGCGCUGACUCCGAUCUGAAAACUUAAACAUGCAGUAUUCUUCUUCUUUUUAUCAGAUUUACUCUCCUGAGACUAGAGCACUGUUAGCAUCCUUGAAAACUGUGAAAUGUACGGCGCUCUCUCUCUCUCUCUCUCUCUCUCUCUCUCUUCCUGACAAGUCAGGAUGUCGCUUCCGCUGCGCGUCACAACGCUGGCGCUCAGGUGGAAACAUUUGGCUCUGUCCUCCAUCCAUCCACAGUGUAGGCGAAGACAAAGCACAUGGGCAACUGUACAGUUUGAGCACUGCCCGCUUAGAAAAGAGAUCCAGCCUCUGUGGGUGUGUAUGUACAGUCAGCAUAUGAGAGAAGAGUGUGUCUGCUCCGCACAUCUCAACUCCACCGUUACCCCACCAACAGUUUUCCUCCCCCCUCUCGCUCUGUCUCUGUGAAUAUAAUCACAAAACUCCUCUCACCUCGAUUCCUCCUCCCACCUGCAUGGACAAACUGUGAAACCCUGAGCUGCGGUGGGACAACAACCUCCCAGUGACCCCAGACACGACAGAAGUAGCCAGGAGCACCUGAACAGAGGGACGACAAGCUGCCGACGAACGGCUGUUAGACAAACGAUGGAGUCGAGUGGAUUCUGAUUGGACAACGAGGGCGUCAGUCACCAAUGGGGAGGCGCUGAUUCAUGAAUCUAGGUCAGACUGCUGUGCCGAUCUCCCACAUCUCCCGUGGCCACUGGCGCUUUUGAACCAGCGAGGAGAAACUGUCACUUUAUAUCAGCAGGAAACAGAGCGAGGAAAUGAAAUCGUCUCCUGUUCUUGGUUCCUCUGUCUGUGUUUGUGUGUGCUGCGUGCGUCAGUGCUGUGUACUUUAUGCGUGUCAGGGAGUUGACGGGGGGGGGGGGGGGGGGGAUUCAAAGUCGAGGUUGCGUUCUGGUGCUAAAUAUCCCCUCCACACACCUUCCCCGGCAACGCACAGAACUACAGGAGCAACACUGAUGCGUGAUUGACAGACUGUAUGAGGAGCUGUGGCUGGUGUGUGGAGAUAUCCCUUAGCCUUAGAAAGAGCAGAUUCACGGCGCAAGGUAGAAAGGACGAGAUCAAAUAUAAGAGAAGGCGAAAGGGAGGACGGGGGUGUGAGGGAUGGUUCAGGGGUGGGGGGGAUCUCUGCGAUUUCCUUCACUCAGCCUCCGAUCUGUGUAAGAAAAUGUCUCCCUGGUCCGUCUGUGUGUGUGUUGCCGUGUGUUGCCGUGGGGGCGGCCGUGUUGCUCUGCUCUGUGUGAUUGUCGUCUUUAUCUGGUGAAUUGUCUCUCCUUCCUCCUCCUCCUCCUCCUCAUGUCUCUCUGUGGUCGGCUACAGCUCAAGUCCCUGUGCCAAGAAGGACUCUUGUUUCACUGCUGUCUCCGUUUCACACCCUCUCCCUCCACCGUGACACCAGCUCUCUCUUUCCUGUGUACAUAAUAGUGCUGUAAAGCUUUGCUUUCUUGUUUACUUUUUUUUUUUUUUUUUUUUUUACUGUAGGCCGAGUUUGGACAACUGGAGAACUGACUACUACAAACUGUUUUUAGUUUGCUUUAAACUGGUUUGCUUUUUGUGUUCAUAUAUUGCUUAUUGUUUAUUUUACUCCUGCUGGUGUCUUUUAUUUUUUUAAAUAAGCAUUUUGGAAAUGUUUUGCCAACACUAGAUAUGCUUUUUUUUUUUUUUGUUUGAUUAAUUUUCAGGAAACUAUAUGAUAUGCGAUCACUUUAUAGGGAUUCACAGUAUGCCGUUUGUACCGCCUGCGUAAUAUUUUUAGUUAAGAAAGCGGUCCACUCUUAGCUGUAACAGUCACGGGGCUACUUCUUUUCAGAAACAUGACAAUGGCUGUGAAUAAUUUUCGGCAUUUCAUGCAGUAAACAAUUAUUUACACAGCGAUAAAAGAGCAGGGAGGGCAGAAUCAAUUUGAGGCACACCACUAUUCAUUCUGGUGAGCCCGUGUCUUACAGCAACACUCGACAAAGAAAAUAUAAGGGUCAACUCUUCACUGCUACUGUAUGUUUAUGUCUUACCCACUGGCUAUUCUGAAACAGAGCUGGCACUAGCAGGCCAGCUCCAUGCCCAAAGAGAGCUCUGCUCGGGUCACAAACAGGCUGCAGGCCCUGGAUCCGUGAGUCGUAGCCCAUGAAGGAGAACUGUCCUUGGGGUUUCGGAUGGUCAGCAGUAAUGAGACAAAGCUCUGGAGCUAAGGGAGGAGGUUUCAGUUCGUGUGAUGUUUUCACUCAAUGUGGAGUACAAAAAAAAAGAAGAAAAAGAAUAACAUGUGACUUCGUAGAUUUUGCACUUGUCAACUACCUAUCUGUGCAUGCUUAUCACCAUUUCUACAUGUAAGACCUUUCUCAGACGUACUUUUGAAUACUAACUCUAUUUAUGUAAGGGUCAUGUGACAGCAAUCAUAAUUUCAGUGUAUAUCAGAUGACACACUUAAUGUCUGUGCUUUCUUAAACACAGUAGAGAGCUGGUUCUUGAGAAGCAAAGAGAUUAACGUCAGGGGGAAAUGGUCCAAAAUGGGAACAAAAUGCCAACAACACCGGACCUAAUAAUAACUUCCUCUAUUGGUUGAAGAUUGGAGGGGAAUAAAAAAAAAGAGAAUCUUGCGACUGAUGUUGUCUCUGUGUUUAAAAUCAAAUAGACUGUGGUGAAAUUUGCACAAAAUGUCUAUAUGUUAUGUUUGUCAUCCCUGGGCAGCCUGUUUGGACACUCACCCUCCCUGGGUUUGACAUGUCCUUGCUUGUCCUCUCCUGAUUUAUCUUGCCUUCAGACUGUUCCAGUGGGGCAGCUGACAGGGCUGAUACUGGUUUCCACAGCAGUGACUGUGCAGUGACGCAGCAUGCCUAUGUAUAGAACUUGAUUCCCCUGAUUAGAAAAAGAAGAAAAAAAAGUUCAAUCUCUUGUUUCUGUAACUGAUUCAGGAAAAAAAAGUUCAAUAAAAGUGUCAUGUUUGUAGUUAAUUUUAA